AGUCAUUGUUCGGUGCCCGUUGGCUCUAUCUGUCCUGUUCUGGUCAAACGCUAACUGCGAUAAUAACAUAUCGAUACACACGCAUUGUGUGUGUGUGUGUGUGUGUAUAUAUAUAUAUAUAUAUUUACAUAUAUUUACGAUUUAUAUCACGUGUGCGUGCGUAUAUUUUUUUCAUUAAAUUUUAACGCAAUACCGCACACGAUAUUAUAGAUUUUUUUACAGACCGGAACCGGGCCGGGCACCUGCAGACGACGGACGAAACGACGUUUUCCUGUGAAAUUUCGUGCGUUUUUGAUUUUUUUGAUUUUCCGUUUCGCUCGCAUUUAUAUUGUCAUUAUUGUUAUUGUUCUCGCGAAGACUGUAAACUACGCGCGCGAUACGCUAAUAUUAGUAUUAUUAUAUCCGCCGUUAUUCGCCGCCCGUUUUCGUCUGUAUGUACAUACAGCACGACGUCGAAGUCCGGACAACAGCGUGAGUGUACACACACGAUAUUAUCAUCACCAGCUGUACAAUAUUAUACGCUUUUAUAUCUUUGUGACAGCAUAUAGAAAAUAAUGGUACGAAGUUAGAUUGUGCAUCGGGAUAUCGGAUAUCUCAAUUGACUCAUUUACUGUUCAUUCGCUAUUUUAUUCGCCACCACUGCACAAGCCAGACGGAGGCGGACGAUAUGGAUCAAAAUCAGCGGAAUUAUUACAAAACCAACAUAGCUGCUCUGAAUUUGACCGCAGCACUGGUGAAAAGUGAGCCGCUCAACGAAAAAGAGGAUGACGCGAAAUGGCCUUGUCUCGAAACGGCCAGUGGCAAAGGCUUAUCCACGGAGACGUCUUCCACAACCUCCAGAGGCGAAACGUCCAAUACGUCUAAUCACAAAAGGAAACCGCUGUGUACCAUAGGAAACUCGUUCUACAUAUUCUCAGCAUUAGUGUUGUUCCUCGUGGGUAGUAUUACAAUAGUAUACACACCAUUUAACAUAUUAAUGAAUGAGAGACUGAAGAUGGUUCGUGGUCUGCCAGCAUAUGAAUGGUGGAAGAAUCCUCCCGAUGAAGUUUUGCUUAGAGUGUACCUAUUUAAUGUAACAAACAGUGAGCGAUUUGAAAACGGAAUCGAUAGUAAACUAGAGUUAAACGAAAUCGGCCCAAUAGUAUUCAGAGAAUUAUUACGACACAGCGAUGUUAGAUUCAACGACAACGGCACAAUGACUUAUGUGGCCACAAGAACAGCCGUGUUCUUGCCAGAAAUGACAAACAUCAGUUUGGACGCUAAUUUAAUACUACCCAACUUUGCCGCGUUGGGAAUGGCAUCAUAUUUAUGGGAUGCUUCUUAUUUUACUAAAUAUGGUUUCAAAUUAAUGAUGGACAUGUUGGACACGAAAAUGUUUAUCAAGACAUCUAUUAAUGACUGUUUAUGGAAUUUAACUGACCCGUUAGUCCAAAAAGCAAAAACCAUGAUGCCCGGUUUAGUUCCUGAAGAGAAUAUGGGUAUAUUAUACCAGAUUUAUAACAAAUUUACGGAUGAAGUUACCGUAUUCAUGGGUCCGGAAAACGGGCGAAGGUUUUUUACAGUAGAUAAGUACCACGGUAAAUCUAAUCUUGGAAUUUGGGAUGAUCCUAAGUGCGACAGUGUACAAGGUUCUUCUGAAGGUGUAACGUACCAUCAGUUUGUAUCGAAAAAUGACACAUUGAAGUACCUGAGAAAAACCAUGUGCCGAGUGACACCACUAAAAUAUAAAAACGAGGUGACCAAAUCGGGCAUGACAAUGUACAAGUUUAUUCUCCCGAAUAAUGUAUUUUCUCAUCCACAAACCGAUCCAAGCCUAGAAGACUGUUUUCAUAAUCCAAAAUCAACUCCACUUCUUUCUGGACUCUCUGACGUAUCACCGUGUUAUUAUGAUUUCCCUAUUGCAGCUUCAUUUCCUCACUUCCUCAAUGGCGAUCAAGCACUACUAAAAUCAUUAUCAGGAUUAAAACCUAAUGAAGCAAAUCAUGGCUCGUACUUAAUCGUCGAACCGUUGACAGGAGUUCCAGUCGAAAGUAGAGCUCGUAGCCAAAGCAAUCUAGUCAUGCAUCCCACUAGUGGAUUUUCAAACAUCGAUAAAUUCAGUAAUAUGACAAUACCAAUGUUUUGGGCUGAAUAUAAUCAAGUGGGUUUACCUUGGUACAUUACAACUCUAAUGUAUUUUACUGUUAUCGUUUUGCCGUACACACAAUCGAUCGGGAGCAUCCUCAUGAUGAUAGCCGGUUUGGCAAUGAUCGGAAAAUCGAUAUUUGAUGCAGUAUUUGGUUAUAAAAAACCUCUAUACUCGUAUAGUUCUUUGGAUCUCUUGCCGUCAAUUAGUUAAUACGUUUUAUAGACACCUAUCAACAAAGACAAUAUCAAAAUUUUAUUUUUAUAUAAUUUAUUUAUACACAUAGUUUUAAGUAUUUAAAUUUUAUUUCUUAUCAUUUUAUGUUCAUCAUAUUUUGUCAACCGUGUUUACUCAUAAAUAUGUUCUGACAAUUUGUUAUACCUAAUAAAUAUCAUCUUUUUCACCAUA